UGGGGACCCACCUGUCCCCACCUAGGGCCUGGCCAGAGGCACUGUGGUCCAGGAACAGGAGGAGGUUGCCGACAUGCCUGAGGCUAAACCAGCAGCCAAAAAGGCCCCCAAAGGCAAGGAUGCCCCCAAGGAAGCACCCCCUAAGCAGGUUCCUGCAGAGCCCCCCAAAGAGGCCCCACCUGAGGACCAGUCCCCAACUGCAGAGGAGCCCACGGGUAUGUUCCUGAAAAAGCCAGACUCCGUGUCAGUGGAGACCGGGAAGGACGCAGUGAUCGUGGCCAAGGUAAACGGGAAGGAGCUCCCCGGCAAGCCAACCAUCAAAUGGUUCAAGGGAAAGUGGCAGGAGCUCAGCAGCAAAAGCGGAGCCCGCUUCGCCUUCAAGGAGUCCCACGACUUGGCCAGCAAUGUGUACACGGUGGAGAUGCACAUUGGGAAGGUGGUCCUAGGGGACCGUGGGGAUUACCGCCUGGAGGUCAAAGCCAAGGACGUCUGCGAUAGCUGCCCGUUCAACGUGGAUGUGGAGGCGCCCCAGCAGGACUCCUCAGGACAGAGCCUGGAGAGUUUCAAGCGCUCGGGUGAUGGGAAGUCAGAAGAUGCGGGUGAACUGGAUUUCAGCGGUUUGUUGAAGAAGAGGGAGGUUGUCGAAGAGGAAAGGAAGAAGAAAAAAGAUGACGAUGACUUGGGCAUUCCCCCGGAGAUCUGGGAGCUGCUAAAAGGGGCCAAGAAGAGCGAGUAUGAGAAGAUCGCCUUCCAGUACGGCAUCACCGACCUGCGGGGCAUGCUGAAGCGGCUCAAAAAGGCCAAGGUCGAGGUCAAGAAGAGUGCAGCCUUCACAAAGAAGCUUGACCCAGCCUAUCAAGUAGACAGGGGAAACAAAAUUAAGUUGGUGGUGGAAAUCAGUGAUCCAGAUCUUCCUCUCAAGUGGUUCAAGAAUGGCCAGGAGAUCAAGCCAAGCAGCAAGUAUGUGUUUGAGAAUGUGGGGAAGAAGAGAAUUCUCACCAUCAACAAGUGCACGCUGGCAGAUGAUGCUGCAUACGAGGUGGCAGUCAAAGACGAGAAAUGCUUCACCGAGCUUUUUGUCAAAGAGCCUCCAGUCCUGAUUGUGACCCCACUGGAGGACCAGCAGGUGUUCGUGGGUGAUCGAGUGGAAAUGGCAGUAGAGGUGUCUGAAGAGGGAGCACAGGUCAUGUGGAUGAAAGACGGUGUGGAGCUGACACGGGAGGACUCCUACAAGGCACGCUACCGCUUCAAGAAGGAUGGGAAGCGUCACAUCCUCAUCUACUCGGAUGUGUCACAGGAGGAUGGGGGCCGCUAUCAGGUCAUAACCAAUGGUGGCCAGUGUGAGGCGGAGCUCAUUGUGGAAGAGAAACAGCUAGAGGUCCUGCAGGACAUUGCGGACCUGACAGUGAAGGCCUCAGAACAGGCCAUGUUCAAGUGUGAGGUAUCUGAUGAGAAGGUGACAGGCAAGUGGUACAAGAACGGGGUAGAAGUACGACCCAGCAAGAGGAUCACCAUCUCCCAUGUGGGCAGAUUCCAUAAGUUGGUGAUCGAUGAUGUCCGCCCCGAGGAUGAGGGAGACUAUACAUUUGUGCCUGAUGGCUACGCUCUGUCCCUCUCAGCCAAGCUCAACUUCCUGGAGAUCAAGGUGGAGUACGUACCUAAGCAAGAACCCCCAAAGAUCCACCUGGACUGCUCAGGGAAGACCUCAGACAACUCGAUCGUGGUUGUAGCUGGAAACAAGCUGAGGCUAGAUGUGGCCGUCACAGGGGAGCCACCUCCCAUUGCCACUUGGUUGAAGGGAGAAGAGGUGUUCACAGCCACUGAGGGCAGGACACACAUUGAGCAGAGGCCGGACUGCAGCAGCUUUGUGAUUGAGAGCGCAGAGCGCUCAGACGAGGGCCGCUACACGAUCAAAGUUACCAACCCUGUGGGAGAGGACGUGGCUUCCAUCUUCUUGCGUGUUGUGGAUGUCCCUGACCCUCCGGAGGCUGUACGUGUCACCUCUGUUGGUGAGGACUGGGCCAUUCUGGUCUGGGAACCACCGAAGUAUGACGGGGGACAGCCGGUCACCGGAUACCUGAUGGAGCGGAAGAAGAAGGGCUCCCAGCGCUGGAUGAAGCUGAACUUCGAGGUCUUCACGGAGACCACGUACGAGUCCACCAAGAUGAUUGAGGGUGUCCUCUACGAGAUGCGCGUCUUCGCUGUCAAUGCCAUCGGUGUUUCUCAGCCCAGCAUGAACACCAAGCCCUUCAUGCCCAUUGCUCCCACAAGUGCACCCCAGCAUCUCACCGUGGAGGACGUGACCGACACCACCACCACGCUCAAGUGGAGGCCCCCGGACCGGAUCGGCGCAGGCGGCAUUGAUGGCUACCUGGUGGAGUACUGUCUGGAGGGCUCUGAGGAAUGGGUCCCUGCUAACAAGGAGCCCGUGGAGCGGUGUGGCUUCACUGUGAAGGAUCUCCCAACGGGAGCCAGGAUUCUCUUCCGCAUCGUUGGGGUCAACAUUGCAGGGCGCAGUGAACCGGCUACCUUGCUUCAGCCGGUUACAAUCCGGGAGAUUGUGGAGCAACCCAAGAUCCGUCUGCCCCGCCACCUGCGCCAGACCUACAUCCGAAAAGUGGGGGAGGCCCUCAACCUCGUGAUCCCCUUCCAGGGCAAGCCCCGGCCCCAGGUGGUGUGGACGAAGGGUGGGGCGCCCCUAGACACCUCCCGCGUGAACGUGAGGACCAGCGACUUCGACACCGUGUUCUUUGUGCGCCAGGCGGCCCGCUCUGACUCUGGGGAAUACGAGCUGAGUGUGCAGAUUGAGAACAUGAAGGACACAGCCACCAUCCGCAUCCGGGUCGUGGAAAAGGCAGGGCCUGCGGAGAACGUGAUGGUGAAGGAAGUGUGGGGCACCAACGCGCUGUUGGAGUGGCAGCCACCCAAGGAUGAUGGAAAUAGUGAGGUCACUGGCUACUUCGUCCAGAAAGCGGAUAAGAAGACCAUGGAGUGGUUCAAUGUCUAUGAACACAACCGUCACACCAGCUGUACCAUUUCCGAUCUCAUCGUGGGCAACGAGUACUAUUUUCGUGUGUUCAGCGAGAACAUCUGUGGCCUCAGCGACUCUCCUGGUGUCUCCAAAAACACUGCACGCAUCCUCAAGACAGGCAUCACCCUGAAACCACUGGAAUACAAGGAACAUGACUUCCGGUCAGCCCCACAGUUCCUGACACCACUGAUAGACCGUGUCGUGGUGGCAGGAUACACUGCAGCUCUCAACUGUGCGGUCCGAGGCCACCCGAAGCCGAAGGUGGUAUGGAUGAAGAACAAGAUGGAACUCCAUGAAGACCCCAAGUUCCUCAUAACCAACUACCAGGGCAUCCUGACACUGAACAUCCGCCGACCCUCGCCCUCCGACACGGGGACUUACUCCUGCCGCGCCAUUAACGAGCUGGGGGAGGCCCUGGCAGAGUGCAAGCUGGAAGUGCGAGUGCCUCAGUGACAGCCUGUGUCAUGUUGUGAGGACGAUGGAGCCUGGAUGACACUCCAGUGACCUCUGGACUGCAACCUCCUCCUAGAGGGGUCCUCCUCUUAGAGGGGUCCUCCUCCUAGAGGGAGCCACUGCAAUUAAAUACUAUUGCUCAAA